AUGUUUGCUGUACUGUCGAUCUUCCUCCUCGCGCUAGUCUCCUUGGCUUUUGCGCAAGGCACACCGGGUACCAUCAGCGAGCCCGCCCCCUAUACAGUUGUUGCGCCUGGCGGUGUGUUUAAUUUCUCGUACAACGUCCAUGCGGACUACUGCAAGUCGAGCUACGCCUUCGCCGUGUAUGUCGUCACGGAGUCGCCCGUGUCGAUGUCUCCAGCAGACCAAUUCAUGAGUGGCUACUACUUUGGACGGUAUGAAGCGGAGAACUACCCUGCCGUACCAUACCCGCAGAACCCUGCACCUCCUAACCUGACCAUGCCGAACUUUGAUUUGCCGCAGGGUGGCUUCGGCGGCGGUAAUGAGGCCUCAAACUCUACGUUCUGGGUGAUGGUCCUGGAAGAAUGGGAUGAUUGUGAGGGAACGAUCGGUCGAAAGAUUGCUAUGGCUGCAAACCCGGUGAUCUACAACGCCACCACGUCUUCCUAAAGCCUCUUACGAACAGUUUAUGCGAGCGACGUGAAAGGACUACACUGACUGUCGGGCAUACCGCCCUCUACGUUCGGACUCGAUUUGUACCGCGAACUUUACUUCCGGACUUCUGACACUAGCACUCGCUUGUACACUAUAUCCCCGAAAAGCUUUACUGUAGCGUCAUCUAAAGUUGUAGGAACACUUCAUAAUUACAAUCUGUAUGCAUCAGGCU